CUAUUUAAAGGCUGCUACAGUUUUUAAACUUUUAUUUUUGCUUACAGAAAAUUGCAGAAAUUUUAAAACGAAAAGAGAAGAUUUCAAUCGAUCUUCACAAGUCAUAUACUAAUUGUUUAUUCCUCAGAAAGAAACGGCGUUAAAGGAGCACUGCCAGGUGCUGUCUUGUCUUGGUAUCAACGAAUUGCAGUUGGUGCUACAAGAGUCAAGAGGGCUUGAGUAUUUGCAUGAGAAAGAAAACUCUCACAUCAUUAAAUCCAGCAAUGUCCUACUCUUUAAGGAUGAUGUGGUUGCCAAAAUUGCUGAGUUUGAUCUCUCUAAUCAAGCUCUUGAUAUGGCAGCCCGCCUUCAUUCAACUCGUGUUCUUGGAACUUUCAGUUACCACCCCCCUGUCCCCUGAGUAAGUUGACAUAUAGUCGCUUGUGAAUGAAAAUGUAUACUGUGGGCUCUCAUCGAGUCUCAAAUGUUCCUUUUUUCUUGACAAAAAUGUGAUGACUGGAUAAUUAAAUUCCACGAAUGAUGUAUACAGCUUUGGGGUUGUCUUACUCGAACUCCUUACUGGUCGAAAACCUGUUAAUCAUUACUCAAAGGGCAGCAAAGUCUAGUCACAUGGGUACUAAUUCCUCUCAGUCCUACACAUCUUUUUCAAAUAGCAUGAUUGUCGACCCCAAAAUUUUCUACUUAUGCAUCAGGUAACAACUAAAAUGAGCGAAUACAAGGUCAAACUAUGCAUUGAUGCAAGGUUACAUUAUCAGAGAGCGUGACCUUGUCUUCCAUUUAUUUGCAAGGUUACCUAUCAAAAAUUUAAAUGAUUUUUAAGCAUGUCCACAGCUUAAAAACGCCACAAUUUGAUCGUUAUCAUCCAUUUUUAUCUCAGAAUUAAUAGUCAAACUACCCCAUUAAAAAAAAACAGUUUAAAUUUAGCAAAACCAUAUAAACAUCUAUAUAUGAACCCUUUCUUCUUAACUUUUUCUCUCUAAUCCUUUCCAAUCCACGUCCAAGUAAAAACAACAAAGAAACAAAAAAGAUGAACACUCCAAUAAAACUCACUUUUCUCAUUCUCUGCAUCGCCCUAACCGCAACCGCUUUCGUAGUCCCAGCAAAACGUGCCGAUGUUACACCGGAACACGAAAAAACUGUGGCAGGAAUCUGCAGCGUUGUGGAAGACAAAAAUCUUUGUAGCAUAACCUUGAAAACCGUCCCAAGCAAUGACCCAGCCUUCUUGGUCCGUUACUUAGCCACAGCCGCAGAAUCCUCUGUUAAAAGGGGUUUGAACUUCCUCUCUGGAAUCAAACCCAAGUACAAAGGAAACGCAUUCGCCACAAACUGCAUCACCGGUUGCGAAAAACAGCUAAACAAUGCCUUGGAAGACUUUGCAGAUUUCUGGAAAGCCGCGGGAGAAAACAUAACCAGCAUGGCUGAUAAUUACUUCACAUGCAAGAAGAAGAUGACUUCCAUCUUCACGUACCAAUCGACUUGUCUCGAUGACAUUUAUGAAAAAAAGUUGUUGAAAGAGGUUCAAGGGGGGAUAGGACUUGGGAAAAGAAUGAGUGGUGAGUCAUUGGAUGUGUUCGCUGGAAUGGACAAAGUCUUUAACACUUUAAACAUUAAGACCAAACUUAACCAGCAAGAUACCGAUUCGUUGCUCCCACCACCUUUGUCGUUUUACUACAAUUGAUUUAUUUAUUAACAUACAUAUUCUUAUACAUAUAUAACAAAGAAAAAUGUGCAUCGACUGGGGUUUUUCAGAUAUUUUAGGAAUCUUGUAAGGGUUCCUUUUUGAUGUAUAUUUGUAAUUACUAUGUUGUAGGUGAUAAUCAUGUAUGGACCUCGUGGUUGGAAAGGAUAUGGGAAAAAUGUGAUUAUUAUCCUAUAAUAAUAAACUUAAUUUGUAACUUA